CCGGGAGCGGAAGCGCUGUCCGCGUGGCGCAGGCAUCAUGGCGGCCCCCGGCAGGAGGAAACUGGCAGAGCUGAGCCUGGACGAAUUCCUCGCCGCCGGCUCGGACUCAGAGCAUGACGGCGGCUGGGAGGAGGAGGAGGAGGAGAAGAAGAAGAAGAAGAAGAAGAAGGAGGAUGAUGAUGAGGGUGGCAGAGCCCUGAACGGAGCUGCAAGGCGGCGGCGGCCGAGUGGGAAGGCAGGACAGGAGCUGCAGGCACGGCCAGCCAGCAGGAAGAAGGGAAAGGCAUCCGAACACAAAGAUCAGCUCUCCAGGCUGAAGGACAGAGAUCCUGAAUUUUAUAAGUUUUUGGAGGAAAAUGAUCGAAAGUUGCUGGAUUUUGAUGCCUCGGACAGCUCUGAGGAGGAGGAGCCUCUGCACAGACCCCCUGAUAAACUCGAGGAAGCCAGCGAUGAAGAUGAUGAAGAUGAAGAUGAAGAACAAGAAAAAGUCAAAAGGAAGAAAGUUUCCUUCAUCCACGUGAGCUUGAAAAUGGUGGAAGAAUGGAAAAAGGCAGCCCAGAAGAAUCUGACCCCAAAACUCUUCCAUGAGAUCACCCAGGCCUACAAGGCAGCGGUGGCAACCACCAAAGGAGACAGCGGGGGUGACCCCAGCAAGUUCCAGGUGACAGACACUGCAGUGUUCAAUGCCCUGGUGUCUUUCUGCAUCCGGGACCUCUUCCACCACCUGCACAAGCUGCUGCUCCCCAAAGCCCCCAAGAACAAGCUCAAGAUGGUUCUCCCUUCCACCAGCCCCCUGUGGGGAAAGCUGCGACUGGACAUCAAAGUUUAUCUGGGCUGUACCAUACAACUGCUGUCGUGUCUGACAGAGGCCUCGGUGGGUGCAGCAGUCCUGCAGCACGUGAAUUCCAUCGUUCCCUAUUWCCUGUCCUUCCCAAAGCAGUGCCGGGCCCUGCUCAAGCAAACCAUCACCCUGUGGAGCACAGGAGAGGAGACUGUCAGAGUGCUGGCCUUCCUGGUGCUCAACAAGAUCUGCAGGUACAAGAAGGAGCUGUACCUUAGUCCCCUGCUCAAGGGCCUGGAGUGGCAGAAUGAGGGGAAUGGAUUCACAGAGGGCAGGGUUAGUGAACAGCUCAAGAUUYCCUGGGCUGGGCCCAUCCCAGUGUCUGCUGUGAGGUUGGGAAUUCACCCUCUCAAAGGAGCCACACUCGAGCAAUACCAGACUGGUUUUAUUCCCAUUAUUUCCUUCAGGCACUGCCUGGUACCAGAUGAGCUGCUGGGAAUGGCAGCUCCCGUGUUUUUAUUCCUCCCUGGGCAUUGCAGGAUAGAAAGCCUGGAGAGRAAGCAGCCAGCACCUAUCAAAUGCCACAUUUUCAACUUUGUGCCUUCAUUUUUCCCCCRUUUUCUGCAGGAGAACUUCCAGUCUGUCUAUAACUGGCAAUACAUCCACUGCCUGUAUUUCUGGUGUCGAGUUCUCAGCACCAUCCACCCCAGUGAAGUCCUGGAGCCCCUGAUCUACCCCUUGACACAGGUCAUYAUUGGCUGUAUCAAGCUGGUGCCAACGUCUCGUUUCUACCCCCUGCGCAUGCACUGCAUCCGUGCCCUCACUCUGCUCUCUGAGAGCACCAGGACCUUCAUCCCCGUGCUGCCCUUCAUCCUCGAGGUUUUCCAACAAGUGGAUUUCAACAAGAAGCCGGGACGGAUGAGUUCCAAACCCAUCAACUUCGCCGUGAUCCUGAAGCUGUCCAAUGCCAACCUGCAGGAAAAGGCUUUCAGGGAUGGACUCAUUGACCAGCUCUAUGACCUGCUGCUGGAAUAUCUCCACGGCCAAGCCCACAGCAUUGGCUUCCCAGAGCUGGUUCUGCCCACUGUCAUCCAGCUGAAAUCCUUCCUGAAGGARUGCAAGGUGGCCAAUUACUGCAAGCCCAUGCGGCAGCUCCUGGAGAAGGUGCAGGAGAACUCAGCACACAUCAGUGGCAGGAGGCAGCGCGUUGCCUUYGGCGUGGCCAGCGCCCAGGCCGUGGAACAAUGGGAGAAGCAGGUGAAGGAGGAGGGGACACCCCUGAGCAGGUACUACACUCAGUGGAAGAAACUG